AUGAAAGAUUUUACAAAAGAAGUAGAUAAUUCUGUAGAAGCAUUUUGUAAGUUAGAAGAAUUAAAUUCUAAAAAGAAAUUAUUUUCUGAAAAAAAAAGUAUUCAUCUGAAAAUAACCUUGUUCAAAAUACCUAUUAUUAACGGUAUAAGGAAAAAGUAUUUAAAACUUCGACAUUCUCGUUUUGGAGACAAUCCAGAAACAUGUUUGUUCGUUCCAAACAGAAGGAGUGAAUUAAAUUACAAAAUAACAACUGAUGAAGAAAUUGAUUUAACAGUAGAUUAUUACAAAGAAUUUUUAGAAAAGCACAAUGUGGAAGGAAUUAAAACGGUUAGUAUAUCAUUUCCUGCAUGGGAUGCUCCUGCUGAUCCUAAAUUUAACGAAAACAUUCAGAGAGCCUUAUUAUCUACAACUUUACAUUUAAGACCUUUUGCUGAUAAUUAUUCUGUACCUGUAGGUACUGUAUCACAUUCAAAAUCACAAAUAAAAGAAAAUUUAUUAGAAAUAUUAAAACAAAUUCAAUCUGAUGAUGUCAUACCUGGAGGAUUUAAAAAUGUUAGAGCGUUGUAUAUUCAUUCAUCAAAUCAAAAAAGUAUUCCUUUGUAUAUUUGCGAAGAUAUUCCUAAAAAUUUAGGUACCAUAAGAUUAAAAAAUACUAAAAAAAGAGCAAAGAAAGUUACUGGAGUACUUAGCACCUUAGGGAAAAAAGUUACUGUUAAAAAUGAUGGAACAGUUAUUAUAAGUAAAAACAAGGAUGAAUCUCUCAAUUCCGACAAUAACGAAAAUGAAGAUGGUAUGGAAUUAGUCGAAGAGAAUGAUGAAGAUGAUGAUGAGUACAUAGCUGAUGUGGAAAAUGGAAACAAAAUAGGAGAAUAUGAAAGUGAAAGCGAAGAUGAUUUAGAACUUGAAGAAAAAGAAAAAAGAUUAAUGAUACUUUCAAUUUUCGACUUUGGUUAG